CAGAUAUAGAGUUGGAGCGGAAGAAACAGGCGUUUGGGUUGUGUAAACGGAGAAAAGCGAUUAGAAAGCCCGUGGGUUGGGGGUGACUGAAAAAGAUAUCGUAGAUGGGAGGGGUUUGCAAUUUUUUUUCCCCUUUGGUGUCGCGUGUGAAGUGGGUGAAGGAGUAGGCACGCGCGCGCACGGGCAGGCCCCUGGUUUUCACACGCGCGCUGGGCGCCACUAACCGCCCAGGCAGGCAGCUGCUCCUCCUACUCGACUCCUCCACCUUCCCGAGGUGCACCGGUCGACGGGCGGCUUCGGGGCAGCAGCAACAAAACAAGGGAGGGAGCACGUGAUAGCGAGAGAGGUGUGGGGGAGGGGGAAAAUUAGAGCGGGAUCCGGGGAGAGUGCGGCCUCAGACGGGGAUGAAGAGCAAGUAAAGCAGCCCUGAGCUUAGAAACAGUGGGAAGGAAGGAAGAAAGCGACGAGAGCCGCAAGGGGUGGCCGUGGAAAAAGGGGCGUUUUCUUUAGCGGAGGAAAUUCGCCAUCAGGGAGGAGUUAGUGAGCUGCAGAAAUUAGCACCUAGUGGGAGCCGCCCUUUCCCGGAGUCUGGGAAAGCCGCAUGCGAAAAAUCCUGCCCCCUCUCCCUCCUUUUGGAGAAGAGGUCGGUGGGUCAUUGCAAGGACAGGGUCAUCCAGCACUAGCUGGGGUGGUAUCGGGUACCACUCCCCAUCCCUGUCCAAAUGCCCACACUACCCGGUAAUGAGGAGCACGGAGGUUCCUGGUGAGCAUCGAGGCUCAGUGGCCAGAAAAUAGGAGGGAGGACUUGCCAUCGGUAGAAGAGUUUGUUUUGGUGAUCGGCACCGACCGCUCCUGGGUUGAAGGGUCUCGUUGAUGGACGUGAGUUUGCAAGAGACACUCGGGUGCUGGGGCUGUUUUUCAUACCAGAGGGGCGGUAAAUGGGCCUCUCUUGACGACAGGUUUGGAUCUCUUCUCUGUCUUUCUCUCACGAAUGGGCUUUGACCUCCAAAGAAUAUGGAGAAUCAGCAAUUAGUGUAUGCAAAGCAAGAGACCAACACUUCACCAAACUCGGGCACACCCGCUGCAUACUUUGUCAUUCUCAAGCAGGCACCUGGUAGUGGUGGCACUGAGCGUAGCAUGUUGGUGGCUAAACAAGAACUUGGGGGUGUCGGUUGCAUCCUGGAGAAAAGAAAUAAAUUGGGACCAGGGAGAGUCCGCCACCCAUUUGAGUGCCACUCUGGAAAUGUCUGCGUCACCUUAGAGAACCAGGAGAUGUGGAGUCAGUUUUACAAGCGUGGCACAGAGAUGAUCUUAACAAAACAUGGCCGGCGCAUGUUCCCAAAUUGUAGAUUCUGCAUCUCGGGGCUAGAUUCUUCAAGGAAGUACAUCCUAGUGAUGGAUAUCGCUCCCGUUGACAACCACCGCUACAAGUGGAAUGGGCGCUGGUGGGAGGUAAAUGGUAAAGCGGAACCACAUGUCCUUGGCAGGGUGUACAUUCAUCCUAAUUCACCUUCCAGUGGGAGCUACUGGAUGAGGCAACCCAUCUCCUUUUACAAACUGAAACUUACCAACAAUACUCUAGACCAAGAAGGACACAUCAUCCUGCAUUCCAUGCAUCGGUACCUGCCACGCUUGCAUGUCAUUCCUGCUGACAAACUCACUGAUGUAAUUCCUCUCAAUGGCCCAAAUGUACUCACCUUCACUUUCCCACAGACAGAGUUUGUAGCUGUGACUGCAUAUCAGAACAUAAAGAUCACUCAACUGAAGAUUGACUUCAAUCCAUUUGCAAAAGGCUUUCGAGAUGAUGGGCUAAACAGUAGACCCAUGCGGGAGUUGAGGCACCGGAGCAAUGAAUCAACAGACGGAGGUUGUAGUGAUGAUUCUGCUUCUUCCAGAAGUGUGAUAACUGAGCCCAGUGGGCACUUUAAAAUUAAAAGUGAGGAACAAUCUGAAACGCAGUCUGAGCACAGGAAGAUGCAGGGUGAUAUCCACGCAUCUCCAGGUGCAAGUUUUGAUGGGGAAUUAUAUAACACUGACGAAGAGGAAGGGUCCCUAGAAGCCGAGAUACCAAAAACAAGUGAAUUUGUUGCAGGAAUGGGCAUGAGGCAGAAGAGGACAACUGAAAGCAUCUUGAAACACCUCCCUAAUUUGUAUUCAACUCACCCAUUCAGUACAGCAUCAUCUGAAGACCAGGAAGAAUCUUUUAACAUUAUUGUCAAAGAAGAGCCACCAGAUGAUGAUGAGUAUGACCGUGCAGCAAACCCAGAGGACCUUGAUGGUGCAGGACUGAAAUGUAAGAAAGAAGAGGAGGAGAAUUAUUUAGAUUCUUCUUCCAGCCAUAGCACCUCAUCAAGGGGACAGCUUGAUGGGACUAGUUGUGAGCUAGCUAGUAAAACUAUUGAUAAAAAUGGUGCCAGUGAAGUGGAUGCAACUGCUGCUGGGGUUACCAAGCGGCCAUUAAGCAGCCCUGAAGGGGCAGCCAAAGCCAAAAUGCUGCGAAUAGAAAGCAACAAAAUGCCUGUUGUUUACCUAGAACCAUGCACUGUUACAAAGGGUACUAUAAAAAUAUCAGAACUGCCACAAAACCUGCUGUCUCCUUGUCGGAGGAACUGGUCACCUCUGAUCCCCCUUGCUCUCCGCUCUCCAAACUCAGCAGCAAAACCUACCUGCUCACCCAGCUCUGCUGAAAAAACCAAACUAGGUAGUGUGGACUCAUCACCAGAGUGUACCAAAUUCAAAGAGAAUGACUCAGACUCUGUGUCUGGAAGAACAAAGAAGAAAAGGAGUACUUCUGCAGUGGCACAUAAUUCAAUUGCUUCUCAUAGUACGCCAUCUCAAAAGGCCUCUGGAGAAGAUUUCGGAUUUUGCAAGAUCAAACAUACUGAAAAGGCAACAAGUUCUAGGAUUUGGAGACCUGCAGGUAAGGCAGGUAAUUGUCCUGGUGAUUCACCUGUCUGCUCUAAGUCAACACGUUUGUCUACUAAGGCAUUCAGUUCAGGAAUCUGGAGACCUCCAGAUGGCACAACUGACAGUAUUGAGGAAACACCUAUACCACGCACCAGUUCCAGAUCCCCACGUGUGUCAAAGCAGCAGUUCACAGCGAGAGCUUAUAGACGGGGUCGAUCAAAAAAGUUGCGGCAGUCUACAAAACCUUCCCAUUCUGUCUCUGAAACAGCUGUUUCUCUGGCCACCUCUGAACAUCUUCUGGAACAGGAAGAAAUGUUCUGUGAUGUUAGUCCAGACCUGGAUGAUGUGGAGGGUGUUACCUUUGUGUCGUAUGCAUCUCAGGAUGCCCUGCAGUCCCACCUGGUUGAGCAGGCGCCAGAAGACCCAAGUGAUCCCAUCCAGCAGACAGUUCCCCAAGAAAGUGAUGAGGAGAAAAUUGGACGACUAGAAGAGCAGCUGAUUGAGGACUUAACUCAUUUAGACCCCAGAGUUAUCCUGCACCCAUCACUUAAAAUAGCUGGUGUUAAGCCGAGUUCCCUGAUGUCAACAGUCAGCCUAAACCUGAAACCCUUAGGAGUGGUAAUAUUGCCUACAUCAGCAGGAGUCAUUAAACCUGAUUGGAGAGACACCUUUGAAAGUUCUCCCUCCAAACAAACUGACCAGGGUCCUCUAGAAGAAGAAAUUCCCUUUGUUUCCAGAACAGGAAAAACAAAUGAUUUCACAAAGCUUAAGGGCUGGAAGCAAAAGCUUGUACAACAGUCUGGGACAUCAGUUUCCAAAGAGACCGAAGCAAGUACCAGUCUGGAAAGCACCAUGAAAAAUCGCUCUGCCUUCCUAAGUGACAAACUGGAUGAAUACCUGGAAAAUGAAGAGAAAAUCAUCAAACAGCGAGCUGAUCUUUGUGUUAGCAAAAUAUCAAAAGUUGUGUAUCAGAUGCCCACCAAAAGUUCUAGUUAUGUCCGAACGUUGGAUAGCGUGUUAAAACACCGGGCACCCGAAGCCACCCUUGGACAGCCCCAUUCAUCCAGUCGAGCUAUGGUUUCCUCACAGCCCAUUUCAGUUGGCUCUGUUUCCAAAGCCACCAAACAGAGUGGAAAAGUCGUGGGGUCCGACUUGACUAGGAAAGAGAGGAAGCCUACGUGCAGUGCAAAACCAACCUCAAAAACAGCGAGCCCACCAAUUAAAACUUCCAAUUUCCCGCUGUGUUCUGCACGCAUGAGACCCCCUGCACUAUCCCAAAAACAGAUAAAGUUGAUGGAUCUGGAGAACGGCGCCCUCUGGGAUGGGAAGUCAAGGACUUAUAUUACAGAGGAACGAGCAGAGGCAUCUCUUAUUACCCUACUAACAGCAGAGGGGACGCUUCAAUCAAGAAAACAUCGGAUGAUACCUAAGCGGGCACCAGUGUGUAAGAAUGAGUUCUGCCGUCUAGGCUGCAUUUGUUCCAGUCUGUCACAGAUGAAGCAGCCGCCCACACAUUGUCGCAAGCCAGAGUGCAUGUUCAACUGCAAGUGCCCAAAGCGUGAGGUGUUGGUGCUAAAGACAUUUGGGAGACGCAGGAGGCAACUGAACAAGGCACUGCGGGAGGAUUUGAUAUUCUACGAUGCACUAGCAGAUGAUGAUGAGUGGAAACCAAGAACCAGAAAGAGAAAAAAGAAGAAAGUGGUUGAAUAUGCAAUCCCUGAACCAGAACAACCUGUGCGUUCAUAUCCUCUGUGGGUUCGGCAGGAGGGGGAAGUGGACCCUGAGCCAGUCUACACUGCACCUCACUUGGAAUCCUGUCACACCAGUAAAUGCCCCUCUUUAUCCCAACCGCAAUCUCCACUUAGUCCAAAGGAACUUGACCCCAUUGAAGCACACACAGUGUUAUCAACUCCUGCUAGUUCACCAAAGCCCUCUGAGGCUGAUGAGAAAGGUCCAGUGUACUGGUAUUUUGAGAGUAUGAUGACCUGUGCACGUGUUUGUGUCUUUGAACGCAAGGAUGUCGAGAGGCCAAUAAUCUGCACUUGCAGUUCAGAACAUGGUUGUGGACAGGAAAACAGUCCAUACAGUAAGGUGAAUAACAAAGAAACAGUUGAACCAUGCAAGUUGAAGGAAUGCAGUGACUCCAGCUCCAGAGAGGUGCUGGACUGUGAGAAAUUGGAGGAUUAUGAGAGCAUCUCAAUGUCCCCAAAUCCUGCUGAGAUGUGCAUAUCAAAGAAGACACAGGAGAUGGGCUUGGCCAUUCAAUGUGACAGUCCACAAAAAGAAAUUGCAGAACUGCCUUCAACAGAGCCACAGACAUCAGCAGAGUCCAAGAACACACCCAAACUGAUUGAGAUCAUUUCAAAUUGUAAUUGGGAAGCAGAGCGUGCAAAUAUCCUUAAAGUUAUUGCAUGUCACACUGCCAAUAAGGGGACCUCGGAGAAAAUAUACGCUGGCAACUUCCUUGUUGAGAUCAUGUCAAAUUACGGAAAAUGCCAAGACCUUUCACCUGGAGGUGUACCAAUUUAUAGCUCCUUAGUGAAGAUUACUCAACCUGGCAAUGGAGAGAAAGAUGGCAAAAUGUCAGUUCACACUGCGUCCAUUCAAAAGAUCUCCCAAUCUUCUGGACGCAAGGUGACAGAAACACGACUGAUUGCACCAAAAGCAACACCUAUCAACCAAACAAAAGGGAAAAACGAGCUAACCACUUUUCCUUCAGCCUUGCAAGUGGCUAGCAAGGGAAAGCCAGUAUCUAAUGCUACAGUGUCCACUUCUCAUAAAAGCGGCAUGAUCCAGGUCAGUGGGAAUGAAACUGGUGAGACAAAGCUGACGCUAGGUCAGGUUGGAGCACUUCAUGCAGUCAAUAGCAUGAUUGCUAACCUUACAAGGAAAGUGAAGUCUUUCUCGAGUACAUCUGUCUCUUCAACCUCUGCUCAAUUUGCAUCAAAGGAUCCAGAAUCUUGCACCACACCCAUUGAUGGCAAGGUCUCACAAAAUACCAUUGCUACUUCUGUUAACAAAGCCACAGGGAUUCAUGCUAUACCCGAUAGCUAUACUCAUCUUGUAAUAAAUAAAGAUGGAGCGUUGCAAAAGUCAACACCCUGCUUUAGUUCAUUGCAACCAGUGCUUAGUGGACAGCAGAGUGGUACUCCAUUGUCCACAUUACCACCAGUCAGCAUUACUGCACCAGUUGGUACUUCUCUGAUGUCAACAGUAAUGGUUAUUACAGCUGCCCCAAGUUCUAUCCCUGUUAUCGCUGGUCAGUCACAAAGCAAUGGCUUGAUUGUUUCAGUAACCACAGGUACUUCCCCCCCAUCAAAUAGCUUAAAGACUACAGAUGCAUUAGGGGCACAAUCUUCCGCAGUGCUGACAGGAAAGAGACUUUCAGAGGAGAGUGCUGAAUCUGCAAAUGCAGUUGAAACUCCAGCAAAAUGUACAGCAACAACUGUAGUUGCUGUGAUCUCUGCAAGUGUAUCAGGAGUCAGGACAAUGUUAACUCCAGUGCUCUCCCCCAGUUCCUCUACCAUGACUGCUGCUGCUUUAACCAAUACUGUUAAUACAAGAACAACCAUUAUGUCAGUAGCAGCAACACCAAAUAAUACUGCAGGGAUACCUAGGCAGCCUGAAGCUACCAACUCUGCUCCACCCGAUUCAUCUAAAGCUAUGAAAGCCAAUGGACCACGACUGCUUUUGAUUCCGACACAGUCUGGGGUGCCUUCUGUCCGUCCUGUCCAGAACCUGCAACUCGCGCCUGGACAGAAGAUGAUACUUCAGCCCCUCAGAUGUCCAGGUGGGAACCUUUUCCGACACCCAAAUGGCCAGAUCAUCCAACUUGUGCCUUUACCAAAUUCUGGCCCUGGGAAUCGGCCAAAUCUCCACCAGAUGGUUACUGUUACUGUACGGAAUCCGGGGUCCACAGGAGGAAUCCGCUUCCCCACACCUACAAAAGCGUCUUUUGCAACUCCCAUUCUCGGCAAUAAUGCUCCACGUCAUAUUGUCCCACAUGGGAUAAUGCCACAAAGAGGGAGACCACGUAUUACUUCUGCUACAAAAGCCAACUCUUUUGCAUUAAAUGGGUCCUCGGUUAUUGUGCCCGUUAACCCUAUGGGCUUGGCGGUUCCCAUUACAACCACACCACGGACAAAGUUUAUAACUGUUAAUGCGGCCAAUAAUCCUGUCUGUGCAGGCAAUCUGGUUCCCUUACAGCCAGCUGGGUUUGCUUUGCUGCAGUUACCUCCAGGGCAGAAACUUUUACCAAACACCAUCAUAACCACUGGGGGGCCGCUGAGAUUUGUGAGUCCUCCACCUGGUGUGCCUUUGGCUGAAAAUGCAGGCAGUGAAAAGAACAGUGUGGGUGAGAAAACUGAGAAAAUUGCCAACCUGGAUAUCAGUAGCACUUCAGAAGAGCAGUUGAUUGAGCCUGGGCUAGAGGACAUUCAUUUUGCAGACUCUGAACUUGUUGAGACAACAGUGUCUGAAAACACACUUGGAGAAGACCAUGUAAGUGCUGACCCAUUACCAGAAGUUAAACCGGGAGACAAAGGUGAUGCAGCGCCUUCCUCUCCUUCCCUCAGUGAGGUGGAUGAUGAAUUAGAAGAUGAUUCUUUGGGCCAGAAAGCUGUAAUAGAAAAGUCUACCCCAGCAGAGCUGGCCGACCAUUCGUACACCAGUGAAAUGCAUGCUGUGGAAGAAAGCGAAAAUAGAAGUUCUUUCUGGGAGGAUGCUGCGGAAACGGAAAAAGAUACUAGCAAUGAAACAGCUGAAAAGGAGUCAUUAGACAUUAGGCCCAGUACAGAAGACAAAAAAUGGGUGCCAGAUGAGAUAAUGGAGGUGAAGACAGAAGUAAAAGAAAACUCUGGUGCAACAGAUACUUCUGAUACUUCCUUUAACGGGAAAGCAGAUACCCAGAAAGAUUCAGGGAAUGAGGAACUGGAGUUUGACAAAGAUUUGCUGUAUGCAAACUAUCUGGAAUCAGAUAAAGAUACAGAUUUUCAGAGUGACUUGGAAGAUGGUGAGAUUCCAAGCGACAUAGAUGAAAUCGAUGUUGAAAAAAUGUUUGAUUCAACCUCUAGUGAAGAGGCUGUGGAUAUCGAAACAGUGGAUGAACUCUCUGAGAAAAUCAACAUCGCUCGUCUUAUUGCUUCUGCUUCCCGCCAUCGUACCAAAGCAAAAUGCCACUUCCAUAACCCAUACCUUAUUAAAAAAGCCCCAGAAGAGGAACCUAAACCCAAGGAGAAACGUAGCCCUUAUCUCAGUAAGGAAGCAAAGGCUCAGCUGGAUGCCCUGGUGGUAUAUCGGACCGCACAUACAGUAAAUGAGAGGCGAAGGCGGUCUGAGAUGCGAGACCUCUUUGAAAAACUGAAGAGAACUCUAGGGCUCCGGAGGGAACAGAAGGCCUCAAAGCAUUAUAUUCUCAAACAGGCAUUUGCCGAAAUCCAGAAUCUGCAGGAUCACUCUGAUCGUCUAGCAGCUGAGAGAAGCAUCCAGGCGCGUAAAAGGGAUUUGCUCAUUCGAAAGGUCUCCCUCUUGACGGGCAAGACUGAGGAGGUUAUUUUGAAGAAACUGGAGUACAUCUGCGCCAAACAGAGAGCAUUGGAUAUUCAAAAGAAAAACAACCUGCAGCAAGAAGCUGAUACAGGAAAGCAGAACUACAGCAGCUGGAGAAAAGCAUGUAAUUCAUCUGAAACUAUGGAUUCGCUCCAGAAAGUGGCAAUGAAUUUGCAGACCCAGAAACCACCUAACAUCACUAUGUUAACAAACGGGCAGGACCUGUUGCCUGACGCAGGCAAACCUCUUAUUCUCAGUAGGAAACGAUCAUCGGCUCCUGAUUCUCCAGCUUCUUCUGUCCCUCUGACUCCUGGGAGUUUGCUGAUGACGCCGCAGGGCCAGGUCCUGACUUUAAAGGGCCCCCUUGUUUCUGGCGAAACUCCAGUCUUCACCACCGAGGGACUGCUGCAUGGAAACCAGCUGAUACCCAAGGGAGAUGACACUAUUGGGACAGGUAUUGCAGGCAUUGCUCUAGUUACUAUCCAAUUGCAGGGGUUGCCGGUUCCACUUCAGGUGAACAACGUUACCGUUGAGGGAUCUCGCAAUUCUACAGGUACAGUCUCCACACAGUCAAGCACCAGACCUCCUGGGACUGAGACAGAAGGCACUGGUUCAGCUGAUUUGGCACAAGGGGAAGAACCUAAAUCAGAAGCCUUGACAGGUUCAGUUGAUAAUAAAACUUCUUCCUUCCUGAUGCCAAGAAUAGUGAAUGUGACCUCGCUGGCUACUGGGGAAGCUCCAUCGCUGAAUCUAGAAGGGAUGAGUGAUUCUUUUAUAGAAGUGGAUCCUCAAGCUCUUGACUUCAGCAUGAAAGGGAGAAAACAGCGUACAACACAAGGACAGCAAAGUUCUAUAGACAGUAAAAGAACAUCUGACCUAAAGAACAGCUCACAAGUGACUGGGGAGUUUACUGUACUUGGUGAAAGUGAGGUCAUGCCGUUUCUUAUUGUGUCGUCAGAGGCUUCUAAGGCCGAACGUCACCAGCAACAAACACAGCAGGUUCCAACGCCUCGUGUAAUGUGUUCUGACAAGGUCAGUAGAUCACCAAAGGCAUUGGAUCUCUCUGGUUUGCCUGUCGGAGCUGCAGUGUCUUGCACAGAGAAGGCUUGGACCCAAGAGGAGACCUCGACUCGGUCAGUGCCAACAACCCAAGUAAUACUUGGAGAUAAAUUGGAGCUUCAGGUGAUGAGCAGUCAGGUGCAGACCUGCAGCACGGGUAAAACUAUUGGGCUGAGUGAUGGAGAUGCAGAACUGUCAUCAUCUCAGCUGCUUGAACCACUGUUGAAAGCAAAUGGCACAGCAACUGGUGAAAUGGACACUGAGGGAUACGAGCCAUUCACUUCGCUUUUAAAUGAAUUUGCAUUUUUAAACCAUCAGUUCUCUGACAGUGAGGAAAAUCCAGAUGCAUCUUCAAUGUCUGAUCACCAGGCAUUGAGCUUUAUUGACAGUGGGAAUCAAGGAGACGACAUGGAUGAAUUGUCAUUGAUCCACGGGCCAAUAAGACUGGUGGACAUCGAUGGUGCUGAUGAAGCCACUGAACUGAAGCAGGUGUCAGAGAGAGAGAGUGGUGGUUCCACUAGCCCCCUGGUAUUGCAAUUGGAAGGGGAGGACUUGAAUGUUGAGCAGCUGCUCAGUGGUGGGAUGCCUGUGGAUUCCCAGAACGAGUUGGAUGAUGGUACACUGGACUUUGAAGGCAACUCUACUUGUGGUGCAGACAGUUCAGUGAAUGUUUCCCCUCCCCCACUUGUACACAUGAAGGCAUCCUCACCUUCAGGAAACACUGAGGUCCCAAGCAGUUUAGACAUGCUUUGGAGACCAAUGCCAAAGUUGGCACCCCUUGGCCUAAUCAGGGUAUCUGGAAAGGGUGAAUCAGUAGCACUGACUGAGCACUCUUCAGAGAAUAACAAACCUAUGCCCGCACUAGCUCGGAUUUCAUCCCCACAACAGACAAGUACAGAGAGUCCAAGCAGUGUUUCAGGAGAACACUACAACAAUUCCUCUGUGAAAGAGUAAUUAAACUGCUGCUUUGAAUUACUGUUUUUGUUAGCUUUUGAGGAUUCUACACAGAAAACUAAUAAACUGUUUGGUAUCUUCAGUGAGUUUAAAUAUGGAAUUGAAAUGAAUGCAGAUUGAAUUGAACUUUGGAGAUCUGUGAUCAUGCAGGGAGUGCUAUUAAAGUAACCAAUGAAGUGUGUUGAAUCUGGCAAGUCACCAGAUAAUGGAUCUGAUGUAUAGUUUCCAGCUACUUUUCACCAUGAAUUUGUGGUGAUCACAGAGCUGAUGGCCAUAGUGCGAUAAUUCACAGGGAACUCAGCUGAAUUUGGGCAUUUUGAAGCUUGGUUUUAUGAUGUGGAAUCUUCUAUUUGAAAUCAUUUCUGGACUUUUUGUACAGUUUCUAAAAAUGUCACCUUAAGCAUGAAGAUGCUGAGCAUAACUUCCUGGGUGGGUGAAUAAACACCUUUUGUAUGUAGCUUGUAUAGGAUGGAGAUUUGAGCUUUACUAGAGCAAUCAUUCAGCUGUAACAAACUGACUUUCUCUCAGUGGUUUUGCUAACUAAUGUUCUCAAUAGCUGAGGGAGUGUUGGUGCAUUUGAAAUGCAUCAAACCUUCCUUUUGGAUUUCCUAAUACUGGACAAAUGAGAUUUGAAUAGAAUGUAUUGUGUUGAUAAUUGAUGAAAAUGAAUUGAUUAAUGAUGAGUACAAGAUUAUCGACAGACGAAAUCUGAUUUUUGGUGUAUCUUGGAUAAUAUGUAAAUACUGUACUACAUAUUUUAAAAACCAGAUUGUGAAAUA